CCUAAACCAUUUGAUCUCCUCAACUCCAACAAAGAAAGUGACCUCUCUCUCUAAAAAGGCAUCAUCUCACCUAUUCUUCAUAUACUUUGUUUACACAUCCAUCCCCACACCUCUCUCUCGCUCUCUCUCUUGCCCUUUUCUUCACUCUCACUUUCCCCUCCUAACCAAAUCUAAUUUGGGGAUUCCUUAUUUUUUUGGUUUCCAAAACUUCCCCUCUUCUGCUCUCUCUCUCUCUCUCUCUCUCUCUGCAUUCUGCUCUUGCUCUCCUCUCACAUCAUCCCCACUGAGGCUUCUAACUCAGAUCUGUUGAGGUGAGAUGGGUGGCGCUCCCUUUCGCUGCAAUCACUGCUUUAUCUGGUCUGUGGGUAAGCGGUAGUCUCGAGACCAUCGCCGCCGAGCUGCUUGCUUAUGAUGCGAACUCACCGGGUGGGGAGUGGUAGGGUUGAGCGGUGCUUCGGGUUCCUUCCGCGCCUGCUCGUGGUGCAGGGCAAUGGAAGCCCUCCGUUCCGGGGAUCUCCCUUCCGACCCGCCGCGCCUCCUGCUUUGAUGUCCUUGUAGUGCUGCGCGCCGAUGGGGAACGGCACCUCUCAAGUCGUCGGUUGCUUCGUGCCCGUGGGGAAUGGGAAGGGCGGGGUCGAUCUGGAGUUCCUCGAGCCCCUGGACGAGGGGCUCGGCCACUCCUUCUGUUAUGUCAGGCCGGUCGUCGUCGAUUCUCCGGCUAUCACCCCGUCCAACUCCGAGCGCUACACCGUGGACUCGAGCACCCUGGAUUCCGAGACCCGCAGCGCCUCUUUCCGGCAGGAGAUUGCUGCGGAAGAUUUGGCUGGCCUCCAGAGGGCGAGCAAGGGCGCGUCCGAGACCACCUUUAGGGCGAUUUCGGGGGCCUCGGUGAGUGCCAAUGCCUCGACCGCCCGGACCGGCAACCCGAAUGUGCUGGCCUCUGGCGACGCUCAAGAGCCUGCCGCUUCGUUCGAGAGCACGGCCUCGUUCGCGGCGGUCCCUUUGCAGCCGGUGCCCCGUGGGUCGGGGCCCUUGAACGGGUUCUUGUCAGGACCCUUGGAGAGGGGAUUUGCCUCGGGGCCAUUGGAAAGAGGGGCGGGCUUCAUGUCAGGGCCAUUGGAUAAGGGUGUUUUCAUGUCCGGCCCUCUUGAUUCGACUGAUACAAGUAACUUCUCAGCUCCGCUUGCUUAUGACCGGAGAAGGGCAAGGCUGGGACGGCUCGUGAGGAGCAUGAGUAGACCAAUGAGAAGCGCUCUUUCUAGGACCUUUACAAGGCGUCGACAUGGUGGUGGUUCUGGUUGGAUGCAGCGGUUCCUCUUGCAUCCCAUGACCCAGCUGGUCUGGCAUUCUAAGGAGCCAAAGUAUCGGCUGGAGCCUUCAGCAAACUGUCUGGAGGCUGGAACAUCUGAACCUGAGUAUAGCAGCAGCCGUAACUUACAAUGGGCGCAUGGCAAGGCUGGAGAGGAUAGAGUUCAUGUUGUUCUCUCUGAAGAGCAAGGGUGGUUAUUUGUUGGGAUCUAUGAUGGUUUCAAUGGUCCCGAUGCACCUGAUUUUUUGAUGAGUAACCUUUACAGAGCUAUAGAUAAAGAAUUGGAGGGUCUUCUAUGGGACUACGAAGACAAAGCUGCCGAGGCUGUACCUACAUCUGAUAUUACUAAAAACGGUGCUACCAGGACUUGUUCUAGUCUUGUAGAAGAAGAUGAAUGUGCCAGUUCUCAGUUGCACCCUGGUGAAUCACAGAAUUCUCAGUUGCUUGAUGAAAAUGCUGGUGACAAUGGUGAGACAGGAGUUCUACAUGUCCAAUCCAAUGAAGACAACCAUGGAUCGGAAUCUACCAUCGACAAGGGUUUGGAUGCUGAAUUAAGUGGUAAGGAUCAAGCUGCCGAGGGAAUAGGAACCAAAGACGUUGACAAACAACCAAGUGAAAGUUCCCAUGACCACAAUGCAAACACAGGUGACGGAGAUACGGAUACCAAACACCAUGUUGAUGUGCCCCAGAAGGAAACCUCUUGCAUGCCAACAACAAAAUUAGAGAACAAAACUAGGAAAAGCAAAUGCCUUUACGAGCUUCUUCAGAUGGAGCUUAUGGAAGACCAGGACAAGGAGUCUUGCUUGUCAUCAGGUCAUGCCAGUGUGAGGGGUUCUUGGGAUAUGCAAUUUAGUGCCAUUGAAGACCUGCGUAGCAGAGAAAUCUCAUCAACAGUAAAUGCUGUUUUGUGCUCUUCCAGAAGCAAGAGAAAAAGUUCAGGUCUGGGUGAAGAUAUUGGUGGAAGAAGAGAAAGUGAUGAUGUAGUCAGUGACGAGUCCAAGGACCCAAAGCAGAAGUAUGUGGUGCCAUUUUCUGCUUUAGGACAAAAGCAGAUGAUCAGAAUAUCACUGUUUGGAUCAAAGUUGAGAAAAAUGUACAGGAAGCAUAAAUCAUCACAAAGGAAGCUUUUCCCUUGGAGUUAUCAUUGGCACAGAGAUGCAUCCAAUCUUGAUGAGAGGAUAGUUAAUUCAUCAGUGGUUAUCAGAAGAUGCAAGUCUGGUCCAGUGGAUCAUGAUGCAGUACUCAAGGCUAUGACCCGUGCACUGGAAGCCACAGAGGAGGCUUAUGUGGAAAUGGUGGAGAAGGCACUUGAUAAACACCCAGAGCUUGCACUGAUGGGCUCAUGCGUUCUUGUCAUGCUGAUGAAGGACCAGGAUGUGUACAUUAUGAACCUUGGCGAUAGCCGUGCUAUUCUUGCACAAGAUAGACUAAACCAAGGCUACAGUAACCCGAUUCUUGCCAAAGAAGAUGUGAGACAUCGAAGCAGGUCAAGGGAGAUUCUUGCUCGUGUGGAGCUAGACAGGAUAUCAGAGGAAUCUCCAAUGCAGAAUCCUAAAGGUCAGCUUUGCAACAUUAAUAAGACCAGGGAACUUUCUCUAUGUAGCUUAAAAACACGGGCCAGUCAGCUAUCUUCUGACCAUAGUACAAGCAUUGAGGAGGAAGUAUUGAGAAUUAAAGAAGAACAUGCUGAUGAUGCUCAGGCUGUCUUUAAUGACAGAGUAAAAGGAAAGUUAAAAGUUACCAGAGCAUUUGGUGCAGAAUUUUUGAAGAAGCCAACCUUCAAUCAAGCUCUUCUUGAAAUGUUUAGAGUUGACUAUAUCGGGAACUUGCCAUAUAUUAGCUGCAUUCCCUCGGUUCUUCAUCAUCGUCUCAGCUCAAGUGAUCGAUUCUUAGUCCUCUCUUCUGAUGGGCUUUACCAGUAUUUCAGCAAUGAAGAGGUGGUUUCACAUGUCACAUGGUUCAUGGAAAAUGCACCAGAAGGGGAUCCUGCACAGUAUCUCAUCGCAGAGCUGCUACUUCGUGCAGCUAAAACGAAUGGGAUGGACUUUCAUGAAUUGCUGGAUAUUCCACAAGGUGACCGUCGUAAAUACCAUGAUGAUGUUUCCGUCAUGGUGAUCUCCCUGGAAGGAAGGAUUUGGAGAUCAUCCAGUUGAUCGUUGCUGGGAGCAUCUUUUGGCCCUCCGUCCUCAUCCCGUUAACAAGCGAGAGGCAUUCAUGUUCUUUACACGUUCUCACCAUCUUUUGAUGUACUCUUCCAUUUAGUGGGUUUCAUAUGUGAUGGCCAUCGCUCUCAUCCUCUCGGUGA